GAAAGGGCCGCUACGGAGAGGUGUGGAGGGGUCAGUGGCAAGGAGAAAACGUUGCUGUGAAGAUCUUCUCCUCUCGGGAUGAGAAAUCCUGGUUCAGGGAAACUGAGCUGUACAACACUGUAUUGCUGCGGCAUGAAAAUAUUUUAGGUUUCAUUGCCUCGGACAUGACUUCCCGAAACUCCAGCACGCAGCUGUGGCUGAUCACCCACUACCACGAGAUGGGCUCGCUGUACGACUACCUGCAGCUCACCACGCUGGACACCGUCAGCUGCCUGCGCGUGGUGCUGUCCAUCGCCAGCGGCCUGGCCCACCUGCACAUCGAGAUCUUUGGCACGCAGGGCAAGCCGGCCAUCUCACACCGCGACCUCAAGAGCAAGAACAUCCUCGUCAAGAAAAACGGGCAGUGCUGCAUCGCGGAUUUGGGCCUCGCGGUGAUGCACUCCCAGAGCACGAAUCAGCUGGACGUGGGCAACAACCCCCGCGUGGGCACCAAGCGCUACAUGGCUCCAGAGGUCUUGGACGAGAGCAUCCAGGCCGACUGCUUCGACUCUUACAAGAGGGUCGACAUCUGGGCCUUCGGGCUGGUGCUCUGGGAAGUGGCCAGGCGCAUGGUUAGCAACGGCAUCGUGGAGGACUACAAACCCCCCUUCUACGACCUGGUGCCCAACGACCCCAGCUUUGAGGACAUGAGGAAAGUGGUGUGCGUGGAUCAGCAGCGGCCCAACAUUCCCAACAGAUGGUUCUCAGACCCCACGUUAACAUCUCUUGCCAAGCUGAUGAAGGAGUGCUGGUACCAGAAUCCCUCGGCCAGGCUCACAGCCCUGCGCAUCAAAAAGACUUUGACCAAAAUUGACAAUUCCCUAGACAAACUGAAGGCCGACUGCUGA